UCACUCUUUUUGGCCAGCUUUCCUAUGAGGGAGGGAAAAGUCAGGUGUUCUUCAGUCACUGUCCAACAAGGAGAACGACGGACUUUCCAUUAUUCAUGCCUAACUUUUUGAGAUGCUGAUUCAGUGAACUCGGAUUCCCAAUUUGUGGCUCGUUUCUGGAUGUUCUGCAGAUCAAACCGAAUGAAGGAUCUUGGAGAGCAAAGUCCCUCCUCUUGUUUGUGUGUGUCGGUGUCUGAAUUUCUCUCCUCCUCCUCCUCGAUCCACUCAGUCCAGCGCAGGAGAGGAUGCGCACCGGCGUUUAGUGGACGCCCGGCUCUGUUUUUCUGAGAGUGUUUGAGGGACAGACGUGAAAGGGAAGGAGAGAUGCCGCUGGGGGGGUUUGCGGGUCUGAAGGAAAAGCUCAACCCGGGGAAGGAGGAGCUGAAGAAUAAUGUGGGCGACUCUCUGGGGAACCUGCAAAAGAAGAUUGAUGGCUCAAAUGUGACUGAAGAGGACAACAUUGAGUUGACAGAAGAUGGCCGGCCGGUGGCAGCCCCUAAACGAAGCCCACCCCUUUUGGACUGUGGGUGCUUUGGCCUUCCCAAACGGUACAUCAUCGCCAUGCUCAGCGGACUGGGCUUUUGCAUCUCGUUUGGCAUUCGCUGUAACCUAGGUGUAGCCAUUGUGGAAAUGGUUAACAACAACACGGUCUACAUCAACGGGACGGCCGUCAUGCAGCCAGCUCAGUUUAAUUGGGAUCCAGAAACAGUGGGAUUAAUACACGGCUCUUUUUUCUGGGGCUACAUCGUCACUCAAAUCCCUGGAGGCUUCAUCUCUAAUAAACUAGCGGCUAACAGGGUGUUUGGAGCAGCCAUUUUCUUGACGUCAGUGCUAAACAUGUUUAUUCCAUCAGCAGCCAGGGUUCACUAUGGUUGUGUUAUGUUUGUGCGAAUCUUACAAGGACUUGUGGAGGGUGUCACAUAUCCAGCCUGCCAUGGCAUGUGGAGUAAAUGGGCUCCUCCGCUUGAAAGAAGUCGUCUGGCUACUACCUCGUUCUGUGGAUCUUAUGCAGGAGCUGUGAUAGCCAUGCCACUGGCUGGAAUAUUAGUGCAGUAUGUGGGCUGGCCCUCUGUCUUCUAUAUAUAUGGUGUGUUUGGCAUUAUAUGGUAUAUUUUCUGGAUCCUGCUUGCUUAUAACAGCCCAGCGGUACAUCCUACCAUCAGUGAGGAGGAACGAAAUUACAUAGAGACCUCUAUUGGGGAAGGGGCCAAUUUAAUGAGUUCAACAGAGAAAUUUAAAACUCCCUGGCGUGAAUUCUUCACUUCUAUGCCCGUCUAUGCCAUCAUUGUAGCAAACUUCUGCCGAAGCUGGACCUUUUACCUCCUGCUCAUUAGUCAACCAGCUUACUUUGAAGAGGUCUUCGGCUUCCCCAUCAGCAAGGUGGGAAUUUUGUCAGCGGUGCCGCACAUGGUGAUGACCAUCAUUGUGCCAAUAGGAGGCCAGCUGGCUGACUUCCUGAGGAGUCGGAAAAUCCUCUCUACUACAACUGUGAGGAAAAUCAUGAACUGCGGAGGCUUUGGAAUGGAGGCCACGUUGCUGUUGGUGGUAGGCUUUUCACACACUCGUGCAGUGGCCAUCUCUUUCCUCAUCCUGGCAGUGGGCUUCAGUGGAUUUGCCAUAUCAGGAUUCAACGUAAACCAUCUGGAUAUAGCUCCUCGCUAUGCCAGUAUUCUUAUGGGCAUCUCUAAUGGAGUGGGCACCCUCUCUGGCAUGGUUUGCCCCCUCAUCGUUGGUGCACUGACCAAACAUAAGACUCGCCUGGAGUGGCAGCAUGUCUUUGUGAUCGCCUCCAUGGUGCAUUACACUGGCGUCAUUUUCUACGCCAUCUUUGCGUCUGGAGAGAAGCAGGACUGGGCUGAUCCCGAGAAUACAAGUGACGAGAAGUGCGGCAUCAUUGGUGAAGAUGAGCUGGCAGAUGAAACUGAACCCAGCAGCGACAGCGGAUUGGCAACCAGACAGAAGACCUAUGGAACCACAGACAACUCAUCAGGCCGCAAACAAGGCUGGAAGAAGAAGAGAGGGGUGACCAUGCAGGCCGAAGAUGAUCACGAAUCAAAUCAUUAUGAAAAUGGGGAAUAUCAGACCCAGUAUCAAUGACUUUUUAACAUCAGACCCCAGAGACUGUGCAAUGAGAUGUAGGAGCAUUUAUUUGAGUAACUGCAGAAAUAAUCCAAACCUGGGACUAAAAUAUAUUGACUGAUAUUCAACACA